AUGGCAAGAAUGGCGUGCCGAGUGGCACUCGCCGCCGCCGUCCUCCUGUGCGCGGCCGCGGGGGCGGCCCUGGGGGCGAAGCGGGCGCGCAUCCCGGACGACCUGCGCGACGUGAUAGACGACGACGAGGACGACGAGUGGCGCCAUUAUGGCGGGCCCUCGUCGCGGGGCCCGGGCCGUGGCGACGGCCCGCCGCCUGACCUUUCAAAGAUGGAUCCGGCCGCCCUCCAGGCCGAGCUCCUCCGCGGCCAAACCGGCCCGUCGUUCGGCUUCGUGAAGCUCCGCCCCGGCACCGCCCGCUCACAGGAGGAUGUGGUGGGGAUCGCGACGAGGUGGAGCAAUGUGCUGCGGACGGGAUCGGUGGACGCCAAAUUCGUGGCGGUUAAUUUCGGAACGCUCAUGUUCACCAUGGAGAGAGGGCGAGACAUUCUAGAGCUGAAGGAGUUUAUCCUGAGUCAGGCCGAGGCCUACGAGUUUAAGAUCGGUGAUCAAAUUUUCCGCAGGCCUGGAGACCCACCCCUGGACCAAGUUCUUGAGAAGCCACAGAAAAAGAAGCAAGUUCUUGACAAGCCACAGAAAAAGAAGCGUCAUAAUUCUAGAGAUGAACUGUAG